AUGCCAGAAGAUUCAUCAGAAGAAGAGGUUCUUGAUUAUAUUUCGCGAUUCAACGAGGAAUCCUCCGUUCAUGGUAUCCACAUUCAGCUGCCUCUACCUCGUCAUAUGGAUAAGGAAAAAAUCUUGAAUGCUGUUCGAGUUGAGGAAGAUGUUAAUGGAUUCAGUUCACUAAAAACUCGAGAUCAAGAGCCGCCAUUUAAAUUUCCUUCCGUAAUUCCAUGUACAGCCAAAGGCUGCAUAGAAUUGUUGUACAGAUGUGAGAUUCGUAUAAAGGGGAACUCAGUAGUUGUUAUUGGUAAUGGAAGUGAAACUGACAUUGUUGCACCUCCUGUCGCAUAUUUAUUAGAGAGGCAUGGAGCCAAUAAGGUCACUCUUGUGCACCGUGGAACAGAGAACCUCGCGGAGAUCGUCAAACAAGCAGAUAUCCUGAUCUGUGCCGCAGAAAGAGCAUACGUAGUGAGGGGUCGCUGGAUUAAGCCAGGAGCAGUAGUCAUUGACACCGGGAAUAAUAGAAUCAUCGAUCAGAGACGUCAUCUAGGACCAGGCUAUCGAUUUGUUGGGGACGUUUGA